AAGAGCGAAAGAAGAAGCAACUUCAGCAGAUGAGAAGAAGCAGAACCAGCAAAGUCGAGAGGGACAAGAGAGAAGAGGCGUAGCUUAUGGUUUCCAUAAAUCCAAACACAAAUCCACCCGAAGGUUUCUACUUGGAUCCCACGGGAAUGGCUCUCCCUGGACUCGGUUCGUUAACUACCACUACAACAGCCACCGCCGCUACCACGACGACGACUUCAUCAGAUGAUCCCUCCAAGAAGAUUAGGAAACCUUAUACAAUCACCAAAUCCAGAGAGAGCUGGACCGAGCAAGAGCACGAUAAGUUCCUUGAAGCUCUUCAACUCUUUGAUCGGGACUGGAAGAAGAUUGAAGCAUUUGUUGGGUCAAAGACUGUCAUCCAGAUACGGAGUCAUGCACAGAAGUAUUUUUUGAAGAUUCAGAAGAAUGGGACAAGUGAGCAUGUACCUCCCCCUCGGCCGAAGCGAAAAGCUGCACAUCCAUACCCACAGAAAGCCUCUAAAAAUGCUCCAGUGCUCUCACAAGUGACAGGAGCAUUUCAAUCUUCAGCUGCUCUGCUCGAACCGGGAUAUGUUCUCAGGCCAGAUUCAUCGUCAAUGCUUGGAAAUCCUAUUACGAGUACAACCGCAUCUUCAUGGGCUCACAGUUCUGCACCACCAGCCAGUAUGUCCAAUGUGGCAAAAGAUGAUAUGGGAUCUGCAGGGCCUACAGUCGUAAAUAAUUGUUGUUGCAGUAGCACUGAAAGUACUCAAAGGACAUGGCCAACUUGCGAAACAGCUGAUCAAGGGAAUCUAGGUCCACCAGUCAGAGCUAUGCCAGACUUUGCUCAAGUAUAUAGCUUCAUUGGAAAUGUCUUUGACCCGAACACUAGUGGCCACUUGCAGAAACUAAGGGAGAUGGAUCCAAUUGAUGUUGAAACUGUGUUGCUGUUAAUGAGAAACCUUUCCAUCAAUCUAUCAAGUCCUGAUUUUGAAGAUCAUAGAAGGUUAUUCUCAACAUAUGAUGCUGACACACAAGAAUAAAUCUGGUGUUACAUAUAGCAUAUACAAUGCAGACGAGUCCAAGAGCUCCAUUUGGUAAGAAAAUUUCUGCACAAGCUUUUGCCAACUGCAAGUUGGCAAAA